AUCCAAAACCAAAAAGGGCUAAAGCUCAUAUCCAUCACGAGCCCUAGAUCCAUUGGGUUUCGUUUUCCAAGAUCAAGUCCAUAUUGUCUUCAUCUGCCUCCUCCAAAUUCCAAUCCCUCUCAAAACCAAAAAUGUAAAAUGUAAAAAACCCUAACUCUAAAUUGGAGUUUCAGAGUCAGCCUAAUCGUAAAAUUGAUCUUUGAUUCGGAGAUCAUCGUUUCAAAUUGCACCUGUGCAGCCAUUGGGAUUUUGGGUUAUGGGACUAAUGAUGGACCUUUGAGUGUGGUGGAAGCAUGGAAUGCUUCUGAAAGAGGGAGCAAUGGAAGAUCCCCGUUCUGUCAAUAGUCCAAGAAGGGUCCUCAGUCUCUCAAGGAAAAGCAGGGGAACUCUGUCCUUUCCAGAGCCUGAUGACAACAAAGCUUCUGGGUUUGGUGUGUCUGGAGAUCAUGGUCCAAACCCUUCUGAAGUGUAUGGCUUUGUUGGCGCCAUCUCAACUGUUGUUGCUACUGUUAUUUUCUUGAUAUGGGCAUAUCUUCCUGAGCCUUGGUUACACUUCAUUGGGAUCUAUUAUUAUCCUAGCAGGCAUUGGGCUUUGGCAGUGCCAACUUACGCAAUGGUGACGAUAGUAUUAGCCAUUGGGUUCUACAUUGGCCUCAACUUCAUGGUGACCCCUCCUCCAACUUCCUUGAACACAAUCUUUGAUGAGUACAGUAGAGAACCUUUGAUCUUUGAGCCUUCAAUGGAAGGUGAUGAGCAGCCAAUCGAGCCCAUAUCUGAUAUUGGCAUCAACCUAAUCAAUGAUCUCAUGUUCAAUGAUCAGAAAUGACAGUCCACCCUUGGAUGAUGCCCAUGCUGCCCCAGUACCUUAUAUAUUCCUUAUAUGAAAUUAUCAUUAUGCUAUUGAAGAGUUAAUUUUGAUACAUUGAGACCUGUUCUAAGAGAGUGAAUAUACAUAAAGUGAUUUGUAUGCAAUUAACUUGGGCUAAUAUUUUCGUGGUGCAAUGUGAAUGAAGUACGCAAGCUGUGAGAAAUCUGAUAAGUAGUGACAUGGCAAGCAAUGGUGAGAUAGGUGAACAGUUACUGUGGGACCUUGGGUGAUCAAAGCCAAGUUCUUUUGAAGGCUCUGAUUGCAGCAGAAUUCCGAGUCAAAUGAGACCAGUGUAAGCUAUUGGCAGCAAUGCGCCCUUCAUUCAAACCUGCAUUAGUUUUCACGAUGUAAAGCGGCUUCUUUCUCUUCAUUGUAUUUUUUGUUUGUUACUCUUCUUGUUUGAGUUGUGGUGAUAUUGGCCUCUCUAUAUAUACCUUGUAAUUGAACUUUUCAAGUUUUGGGUUUUGCUGGUGUAAUAAUAGUUGAAUGUGAAUCUUAAAGUAAAAGCAUUUUUAGCGUCUUUCAUGUA